CUGGCAGCCAUAUUUCUGCGGGGUAUUCGGCCCAAUGGUAGACAUGUUGGUGCGGGACAUUGUGUAGGCGGGGGCGGGUGCGGCCUCCUCUCUUCCCUUCGCGACAUUUCCGGGGCGAUUGCCGGCUUCUCGCGGUACUGUUGGCCCCAGCAGUGCCACGUCUGUCUCAGCGCUUUGUCCGACCCAUGCAAAGAAAGAAAAUGGCUGCCACACGGAAACUGCUGCGACCAAGGGGCCUUCCCUCCUUGCUUACCCAUCUCUUCUGCUGCGGGCUGGCCCUUCAGAUGGUGGCGGGCCACGGACAUUCCCAUGGGGACGACCAGCAUGGGCACUCGCACGACCACCAUGGGCACUCGCACGACCACCAUGGGCACUCGCACGACCACCAUGGGCACUCGCACGACCACCAUGGGCACUCGCAUGACCAGCACGGGCACUCGCACGGGCACCACGGCCACUCGCACGAGCACGUCGACGAUCUAACUGGCCAUUCCUACCUGCAUGAUCAACAUGCGCACUCCCAACAGUAUCUGAAGGAACACGAGGGGAAGAGCCGCUGGACACAGGCCGCUGCGCCGGAGGUGCCAGGAGGCCGGCCGGAGGUGUCCAACCCAGUUGAGCUGUGGUCACAGGCUAUUGGAGCAACCGUGUUGAUCAGUGCCGCCCCUUUCUUCAUCCUCUUCUUUAUCCCUGUCGAGUCAAACACCUCCAAACACAAAUGCCUUCUCAAAGUGCUGCUGAGUUUCGCCUCGGGAGGCCUGCUCGGAGACGCCUUCCUCCAUCUCAUCCCACACGCACUCGAGCCACAUUCGCACAGUGAGGCCCCUGAACCCUCACACAGUCACUCAGGGAAUCCGGAUAUCAAUCAUGAUCACUCGCAUGGGGAUCAUGGCCACGACCAUUCCCACGUGAUGUCCGUCGGCCUCUGGGUCCUCGCUGGAAUCAUCGCCUUCCUCGUGGUAGAAAAGUUUGUCCGUCAUGUGAAAGGAGGUCACAGUCACGGCCACACUCACGCUGCUGCUCCAAAGGCCAAAGAGAGCUCGGAGGAAGAGGACAACAAGCAUGGUGAACCACGGGGUGGUGUCAGGCGCAGGAAGCCUGAAGUGCCCAGCACCAAGACAGAAGCCAAGGUGCAGGGACGCGAUAUUAAAGUGUCCGGAUACUUGAACCUGGCGGCAGAUUUCACCCACAACUUCACGGAUGGCCUGGCAAUCGGCGCCUCCUUUCUGGUCAGCACCAACGUGGGGGUUGUCACCACCAUCACCAUCCUGCUUCACGAGAUCCCUCACGAGAUCGGAGACUUUGCCAUACUGGUGCAGUCCGGCUGCAGCAAGCACAAAGCAAUGAUGCUGCAGCUGAUCACUGCCCUCGGCGCGCUGGCCGGCACCGCCUGCUCCCUGAUGGCCGAGGGGAUUGGGGAGGCCGCCACUGCCUGGAUCCUCCCCUUCACUGCGGGGGGGUUCAUCUACAUCGCCACCGUGUCCGUCAUCCCGGAGCUGCUGGACGACUCGAAGCCCCUGCAGUCGCUGCUGGAGAUUGCGGCUCUGCUGGUCGGGGUCCUGAUGAUGGUCCUGAUCGCCGAGUACGAGUAGGAUGUGAGGGGGGGCCGAUUGG